AGCCAGCAGCGUUCGUGAGCGCAGACACCCUUCACACCAUUGCUUCGAGUAUCCUAUCGAUUCCGGCCGCCUUCUAGGCGCCUAUCUAUCUUACGUCGGAGGAUAUCUAUCGGUACGUACCUUACCUUCAGUCUGGCUGCCAACGGCCUGCCAGCCGGUUCGCACCGUGUUUUGCGACGCGUUAUCAUACCCCAUUCACUGUCGGCUGUGUGGAAGCGAUAAGGGGUAGUCUGUCGGCUAGUGGCAUUGCGAGUUUCCGGCUGUCUUGUUGGAGCGCAAAUACUUAGGGAAGGCACGGAUUACAACGGGUUGCGAGACAAGGGCGACGAAAAUGGCGGGCAAACGCGUGCGCAACGAGACCGCUGAGACACGAUAUCUGGUGGAUGGAGCUCAAAACAAGAGGAGGAGGCUACGAAGGGCUGGUGCUGAGCGCUUAAGUGAGGCAAGCGCUGCUAUCGCGGUUGAGGACACUUGUGCGCAUCGCGCGACUGGAUUGCCUACGCCUCAGCCAAGCUGCUUGACCGAGUCGCAGCCCUCGAAAGAAUGCGCCGAAUCGCAGAAGGCUGAAGACGGAGCGGGGGAAAACCAAAAAGAGCGUUUGGAACAGAAGGCCUUUCCCUUCCUGAAGCUCCCGGCUGAGCUGAGGGUGCAUAUCUACCGUAUGGCGCUGGAGAGAGACGAACCACUCGUUCUCCAUCUGGAGCGUUCAGAUGAGAAGUCCGACAAUGACUGUGGUGAAUGCUCCACGCGCCGCCACGCUUUGGGCGAGUCUGACGGCUCCACGAACCGCGACCCGAUCAACGCCGCGUUACUCCGAACUUGCUCUCUUGUCUACAAAGAAGCGCGACAAGUCCUCUAUGCAGACAAUCAGUUCAUGCUGUCGCUCGAUUCCGGUAUUCAUACCCUUGGGGCUCUGCAUCAGCGCUCGCGCUCCCUCAUUAAGUUUGUUAGCCUCACUAUCCCGUCGCACCACGACAUCCUCGAUGGCUUCGCCGAUCUAGUCCGUCUCGGCUUGCGGUAUUGCUGGGGCCUAAAGAAAUUCACGAUCAUUCUGGAUGCCAUGUUCCCGGAUGAUAGGAUGAUUUCAGGCACGACCAGCGUGUAUGCAAACGCGUUCCAUAUACUCAGGUGGCUGCCCCGGGGUUGCAAAGUGGUCCUGGAGGGAAAUGUGAGCGAGAUCGUGAGGAGGGUGGUUGUAGAGGAGGGGAGGUUGCAGGAGGAGCUGGAUGAGGAGAGCUAUCUGAAGAGGCAACACCAAAUGCCUGAGCGGCAUUAAAGGUGCUGCGAGGUGGAACUUGAAUUCGACAUCGAUGCUCUGGAACCUCGUCCUCGUGCGUUUCGUAGGCCUGAAAUUCCUGGUCGGCUCAGGGGAGAUGGUGGGUUGUUCCUUGCGCUGCUGUGUCUUCGGUGAUCAUCGGAUGUGGCGCCAUCCAUCACAGACGAAGACAUGGCUAGACGCUCGGGCUGUGGCGUGUGUCGCGGGUUUUUCAUAGUGGGAACAAGGAGGCUGAAGGGACUCUAGUUGUAUCGAGGUGCAAGACGAGGCUUCGUAUUGCAUACCCUGCGGACCUUCAACACAUUUCGCGUCGUUCGCGGCAAGGCCGAGGCCUCAGCCAUGUUACUACGAAGGAGAGAAGGCCGUAUUUCAAGAAGCUGUGGGGUAGCCCACAAAGUCCAUAACAAGACCGACAGACGCUGAUGGAAUAAAACAUCUAAGCUUUCCUAUGCU